GGUGUCGGGGUGUCAGCGCCCCUGGGGAUAAUAUCGGUGGCGGGCCGGGGCCAGGGUCUCCCGCUUCCGGCGCCGAGGGCCAGCCCCCAGCGCGACGCCGGCGAGUAAAGUCCCCUCCGCGGGCCCGGAUAUGGCGUCGCGCCUCCGUCGCCGCUGGCGUCCCCGCUAAUGGGUCGCGACACCCGCUCGCGUUCGCGGUCCGCGGGGCACCGGGGCCGGAGGCCGCGGAGUCGCAGCCAUAGCCGUAGCCGCAGCGACAGCCAUGGGCGUCGGGACCGUCGGCGGCGGGACGACGAGGAGCGGCGCAGGCGGCGGCGGCGGAGCCGGGAGCGCAGGUUGGACUCAGAGGAUGACCACGACCAGCGGCGGAGAUGCCAGAGCCGGAGCCCCCCAAGGCGCGGCUCACAGGACCGCUCCCCCUCUUCUUCUUCCUCCUCUCCCUCCUCCUCGGACUCUGCAGAUGAGCCUGCCCGGGGCCGCUGGGCCCGCCGCCACCGCCGCCGCCACCACCAUUACCAUCGGGGCCGCCGCCAGGCGCGCUCCUGGUCUCCGGGCUCCUCGGGCUCCAGCUCGGAGGCACACUCUCCCGGCCCUCGGGAGGCGGCGCUGAGCCUGCGGGAGCGGCUGCGGGCACGGGAGGAGCGGCGGCAGCAGGAGCAGCUGCUCAAGGCCCUGGAGACGCCUGAGGAGAAGCGUGCGCGACGCCUGGCCAAGAAGGAGGCCAAGGAGCGGCGGAAGCGCGAGAAGAUGGGCUGGGGCGAGGAGUACAUGGGCUACACCAACACCGACAACCCCUUCGGCGACAACAACCUGCUGGGCGCCUUCAUCUGGAACAAGGCCCUGGAGAAGAAGGGCAUCGGCCACCUGGAGGAGAAGGAGCUCAAGGAGCGGAACAAGCGCAUCCAGGAAGAUAACCGGCUGGAGCUGCAGAAGGUGAAGCAGCUGCGGCUGGAGCGCGAGCGAGAGAAGGCCAUGCGGGAGCAGGAGCUGGAGCUGCUGCAGCGUGAGAAAGAGGCAGAGCACUUCAAGACGUGGGAGGAGCAGGAGGACAACUUCCACCUGCAGCAGGCUAAGCUGCGCUCCAAGAUCCGCAUCCGAGAUGGGCGGGCCAAGCCCAUUGACCUGCUGGCCAAGUACAUCAGCGCCGAGGACGAUGACCUGGCAGUGGAGAUGCAUGAGCCUUACACCUUCCUCAACGGGCUGACGGUGGCUGACAUGGAAGACCUGCUGGAGGACAUCCAGGUCUACAUGGAGUUGGAGCAGGGCAAGAACGCUGACUUCUGGCGAGACAUGACCAUCAUCACGGAGGAUGAGAUCGCCAAGCUGCGCAAGCUCGAGGCCUCCGGCAAGGGGCCAGGUGAGCGGCGAGAGGGCGUGAACGCCUCGGUCAGCUCCGACGUGCAGUCUGUGUUCAAGGGCAAGACGUACAGCCAGCUGCAAGUCAUCUUCCAGGGCAUCGAGAGCAAAAUCCGCGCUGGCGGCCCCAACCUGGACAUGGGUUACUGGGAGAGCCUGCUGCAGCAGCUGCGUGCGCACAUGGCCCGUGCCAGGCUGCGGGAGCGCCACCAGGACGUGCUGAGGCAGAAGUUGUACAAGCUGAAGCAGGAGCAGGGCGUGGAGAGCGAGCCCCUCUUCCCGAUCCUCAAGCAGGAGCCGCCGUCCCCCGGCCAUGGCGGCCACCCGUCUCUCCCCGGCAGCCUGGAGCCCGAGGAGCCAGUGCCCACCCCGCCCGGGCCCUCGGAGGGCAUCCCAGCGGAGGUGGAGGCCGAGGGGGUGGGGACGGAGGGCGGCGUGGAGGCGGACGGCGAGGCGGUGCUCAUGGAGGAGGACCUGAUCCAGCAGAGCCUGGAUGACUACGACGCCGGCCGCUACAGCCCGCGCCUGCUGACGGCUCACGAGCUGCCGCUGGACGCACACGUGCUGGAGCCGCACGAGGACCUGCAGCGUCUGCAGCUGUCCCGCCAGCAGCUGCAGGUCACGGGCGACGCGAGCGAGAGCGCGGAGGACAUCUUCUUCCGGCGCGCCAAGGAGGGCAUGGGGCAGGACGAGGCGCAGUUCAGUGUGGAGAUGCCGCUGACAGGGAAGGCCUACCUGUGGGCCGACAAGUACCGGCCGCGGAAGCCGCGAUUCUUUAACCGCGUGCACACGGGCUUCGAGUGGAACAAGUACAACCAGACGCACUACGACUUCGACAACCCGCCACCCAAGAUCGUGCAGGGCUACAAGUUCAACAUCUUCUAUCCCGACCUCAUCGACAAGCGCUCCACGCCCGAGUACUUCCUGGAGGCCUGCGCCGACAACCGCGACUUCGCCACACUGCGUUUCCACGCCGGGCCACCCUACGAGGACAUCGCCUUCAAGAUCGUCAGCCGCGAGUGGGAGUACUCACACCGCCACGGCUUCCGUUGCCAGUUCGCCAACGGCAUCUUCCAGCUCUGGUUCCACUUCAAGCGCUACCGCUACCGCCGGUGACCCGCGGGAGCACCUUCCCUAAGGGCCCGUCUCCUGGGACUCAGGAGACUCCUCGCUGGGUGCGCCUCCCCCAGCGCCCCCGAGGACCCCGUUCCUGGAGGCCUUCAGCCAGCAGCCUUCCCAUCCUCGAGUCCCAUG